CAGCCGAGUGUUCGCUUGUGGCCGCGUGGAAUCCCGUUGUAGAGCCGCAGACGACUCCCUUAUUCCUUCUCUCCGUUGCACCUCCUCUCUGAUGCUGCGGGAGGGUGGCUCAGUGGUAUCCGUGUCUCCACCCCACCCCCGCGGGCUCUCGUAAUUUCAUCGGCCUUCUCGGCCCCGUCCCCCCGCCCCUGCUGCUUAACUUGUACAACCUUGGCCUUUCCCAGCCCUGAUCCCGCCUUCCCUCUGCCCAGCCUCCGCACGCCGCGGUGCCCGGGGCUCAACGUGGGCUGCUCUCCCCCCUACCGUGGUUCGCCCUUAGCCGUCUCCUGUGGGACGCCAUCCACCCCCUCGGUGCCACUGGCUCAGCCCUGCCAGCCCCCGGCCUCUCCCCUGGUCUCCAGCCGCCUCAGCAGCUUCCUCGGAUGUCUGCCGGCAGAUCAGCCGCAGCGCUUUCCUGCGCACCCGCGUGCCUUCUACACCUGCUUUGUUCACUUUCUGCAUCUCAGUUCACCUCGCUGUCAUGGUGCCACUGGUCCAAAAAUAAGGGGUCAUUUUUUAGUCCUUUUUAAUUUUUACCCCUUUUCAAAUUCUCCACUGGGUCUGGUGGUUCCAUCUCCAAAGCACAUCAGGACGUGGCCCCAGCCACCGCACCAACUUCCGGAGUGGUCAGGGGCUCCUGCUUCCACGGUCUGCUCAGCCCACCGCCCACCUGGAGCUGGGAGGACUUUCUUCAGUCUUCCUGUAGUUCCCUCUGGCUGUGCCAGGAUAAACCCAGACUCCUCCUCCUGGCCUGUGAGAUCUGUGCCCUUUGAUCCCCCUGCCUGUCUGUCCUCAUCCCCUAGAACGCCCCUCACUCAGAAAGCUCACGUCCACCCCAUCCAGCCCGCUUGUCUGUUCCUGUAAAUUCAUUCCUGCAUAAAGAUCUCACAUUAUACGUGCUGUCUGUCGUAUGUGCUGUUUUCUCUGCCCAAACGUUCAUCCAGGUCACUCAUCUGAUAGCUGCAGCCCCUUCCUCUGCUGGUCACCUGACUCAGAGCAACCUGCCCUGACCAUGCCGCCACUCCCCACCCCACCCCCUCUGCCAGCCCGCCAUUGCUCACUCCUGAGAUGCUCACCUGCACCUGCUUCCUCCCGGCAGCCUCCAGGGUGGCUCGGUGUUCCCAGCACAGUGCACAGCACGCUGUGUGUUCAUUGCUGGUUUUGUUUCUGCUGAGGGUGGGGAAGCUUUUCAUGAGGCCCAGCCCUCAGGGGUGUUAGGGGGUCACCUUUGCGUCAGCACUGGUUCUGCUCCCUAGGUCUCUGCUGUGGCCACCUGAGCCUGCAGGAUGUUUCACGGGAUCCCAGCCACUCCUGGCAUGGGAGCCCCUGGAAACAAGCCGGAGCUGUAUGAGGAAGUGAAGCUGUAUAAGAAUGCCCGUGAGCGGGAAAAGUAUGACAACAUGGCAGAGCUGUUCGCAGUUGUGAAGACGAUGCAGGCCCUGGAGAAGGCGUACAUCAAGGACUGCGUCAGCCCCAACGAGUACACUGCGGCCUGCUCACGGCUCCUAGUCCAGUACAAAGCUGCCUUCCGGCAGGUACAGGGGUCAGAGAUCAGCUCCAUCGAUGAAUUCUGCCGCAAGUUCCGACUGGACUGCCCCCUUGCCAUGGAGAGGAUCAAGGAGGACCGGCCCAUCACCAUCAAGGACGACAAGGGCAACCUGAAUCGCUGCAUUGCCGAUGUGGUCUCGCUCUUCAUCACAGUGAUGGACAAGCUGCGCCUGGAGAUCCGGGCCAUGGACGAGAUCCAGCCCGACCUGCGGGAGCUGAUGGAGACCAUGCACCGCAUGAGCCACCUGCCCCCUGAUUUCGAGGGCCGCCAGACGGUCAGCCAGUGGCUGCAGACCCUGAGUGGCAUGUCAGCCUCAGACGAGCUGGACGACUCCCAGGUGCGCCAGAUGCUCUUCGACCUGGAAUCAGCCUACAACGCCUUCAACCGCUUCCUGCACGCCUGAGCCCAGCCUCCCUACCCCCACCUUCUGCAACGGUCCCAUUUCCCCCGACGUCUGCAAGCGUUUUGCCAUGCACAGUGGCCUAGAGCCCGCUCCCCCAAUAAAGAUGCUUUCUGACCUCCCUGCUGCUGUGGGCGCCCCCCGCCCGCCCCAGGCCCGCCCUGCCUGUUUGUCUGCCCUCUGGGCCUCGGGAGCACGCAGCCCAUUCAUCAGGGAAGAGCCUCAGUGGCACUUUAGACGCAGCGCCUUCCCUGGUGGGCACGGCCUGGCAAGCCAGCAGGGGUGCGCCUCCCCGCAGGCCAGGUAGGCUUGCAUCUGCCUGCCACACCUUCCCCCACCUCUCAGCUGAGAGCUUUAGGCAGCGCGGCGGCCCAGCUGGCCAGGUCGGCGCAGAGCCUGACACCCUUGCAGCAGGGCCCAUCCUUGUGCGGUGGCUCACAGGAGCGCCGGUUGGUAGCUCACAGUAGCACAGCUUGUCCUCCUGCCUGCCACCAAGGGUGUCCCUCACCCGGGAGCAAGGCCCAGCCGGCAGACGCCACGGGAGCCCCAGAGCUGGCCUUGCCCAAAGCCUGGUGGGGAAGCAACGCCUGCUCCAAGGCCUUGUGCCGUCAGUGCUGGAAGCUGCCUGGCCCCACGGGGUUCAUGUCUGCGUCCUCAUCCUCUGGGGCAGACAGCAAGCAGCAAACCAGAGACCAAGGCUCUGGGUUCCAGGGGGGUGGGUUCCAGUUUUAGCAGCUGUGGUGCUGGGAUAAGGGACACGCCAGAGUUUCAUCGUAGCAUUUUCUCUUAGUGGUACUUUGUACCUGGCUUCUAGAGACAACCAAAUAAAGUGUGUGGUAUCUUGA